AUGGCUCUCACCGCAGAGCAAAAAACCCGUGUUGCGUAUAUUCUGCAGAAAGGAAAAUCUCUCGAAUCGCAAGUGGCAAAAUUAGAAGGGUAUCUGAAGAGUUCUGACCCUGAUCCUGUCAACGCUAAAAUGCGGUAUAAUAGUCUUGCGGCGUUGUACAAAGAAUACCUUAAGUACAAUGACGAAUUAGUCCAAUUAGAUUCCGAAAAUUCUCAAUUGACAGAUUUUCUAGAGGUCGAGUCCCGCUACUUUGAUGUUGCUAGUGCAGUUACUAAAUUACAGAGAAUUGAACCUAUUGCAAAUUCGACAUUAAAUGCUAGCAACAUCACAGUGACGGAACGUCAAGAUUUGCCUCGACUUCCCGAAAUUAAGCUACCCAUGUUUAACGGCAAACGUGAUGAAUGGGCGACAUACAAAAACAAAUUCAUUUCUCUUGUGCACAGCCGAACUGAUCUCAGCGAUGCUGUAAAAUGCAGCCACUUAUUCGCUUCUUUAACUGAUAAGGCUCUAGAGACUAUAGCCCAUUAUGAUCCCAGCGAGAAAGAUUGCAAAGCCGCUUGA